CUAACAGUUAAUAAUGAUAUUUUUCAUCAAUGCCUCGAGCAUAUUGCUUUAAAAAUAAUUAUAUUUAAACAAAUUCGCGCGGACACGUUUGUUUCAGUAUAAAGUGUCUUUGUAUCAAACAGGAGACACUUUGAGAUACAUAUUUACAUUUAGACAAAUGAACGAUAAAAUGAGGUUAUUCAUUAAAAGGGUGGCUUUACCAAUGACAAUAGUUACUGUGCUAUUUUUCAUACUGAUGAAUGCUACAUCCAAAAACACCAGUAAACCACAGAAACAUAUUCAGUUAGCACACAUCGAGGAGUUUUACGCCGAUGAGGUACAUGGAUAUUUAAAUGGAUACAAACAAAUUGAAGAUCCUAGAUUUAUACGAUAUAUACGCCAACGUUGGAUAGUGGGUCCUUCGAGGAUUGGGUAUAAUUUUCAUGAAAAGAAGGUGGACUAUUCUCAAUUUGGUCAGGCUGCAGUUGUGGACAAAUUAUUCAAAAAGAAAAAGGGUGGAUUUUUUGUGGAAUGUGGGGCAGCGGAAGGGGAGGCCUUCUCUAACACAAUAUUCCUGGAAAAAGAACGUCGAUGGUCUGGUCUGUUAGUAGAGGCUAACCCAGAUUAUUACCAGCUUUUACUAAGCAAAGGCAGACGGGUACACUCCAUCAAUGCAUGCCUUAGUGUCUCUACAGACACUAGUAGACUGAAAUUUAAACCUGUUGGUUUAUUCGGAGGGUUAUCGGAAAAAAUGGAUGAGACGCAUAUGAAGUUUAUCAGACAACAUGCCCAGAAGGAGGUGACUGUCCAAUGUUUUCCAUUUCACUCGAUUUUGUUGGCAAUGGGCCGAACAGAAAUAGACUAUUUCAGUUUGGAUGUUGAGGGGCCUGAACUUGAAAUCUUACUAACAAUCCCAAUGGAUAAAAUAAUCAUCAAGGUCAUAUCCGUUGAGUACAGACUCUCUGAUAAUGUAAACAUCAACAAAAAGGGAAGUUUGGCUAAGCUCAAUAAACUACGAGAAUUUUUCGAAGGGACUGGCAAAUACAGGGAACAUGCGAUCGUGCCCAUAUCUACAAAGGCUGAUAGAGAAGAAGCUGAAGCGGAUGGACUUGAUGUUAUCUUCCUGCGCAAUGAGAAUAACCAUAUGAAUAUGGUUCAUGUUACAAGGAAAAUGCACUUAGAAUUUAACCUGAUAGUGUAUGUAAAUACAGAUAAUUUUGUAGAAAUUCUUUAUUGA